CAAUUCGAAAUUUCCUUUGAAACAAUUGCACGCAAAAGCAAGUGUUUCCAAAAUGUAGUUUCUUAUAGCUUGUCAUUAGACACGCUACAAAUAACGCUCGCAACUUUCAAUAAUUAUCAGUUUAUUGGUAUCUGUUGAAUCCUUCUUCGUUGUAAGAUGUCUGACGAUAAUUCAAUUCAUGCGAAACGCGCGCGACUCGCCCUCAGCUCUAAGACAACGAAAUUGGCUGAAACGGCUCUACCUAAAGUCUCAAAUCGCGUGCCCAAGUGCGCCCGCUGUCGCAAUCACGGCAUCAUCUCCGAGCUGCGCGGCCACAAAAAGCUCUGCACCUACAAGAGCUGCAAGUGUGCCAAGUGCGUUCUGAUCUUUGAGCGACAGCGCAUUAUGGCUGCACAGGUUGCCCUCAAGCGCCAGCAGGCGGUGGAGGACGCGAUUGCGCUGCGUCUGGUGGCAAAUAAGACGGGACGCAAAAUCGAGGCAUUGCCGCCGGGCAGCAUUUUCGGUUUGACCGUCACGCAGCCCAAGGAGCAGCCACAGUCAAUGCAGCAGCAGCACCAGGAGCGGGAGCCGGAGCGGGAGCAGGAGCAGGAGCAAAAACAGGAAAAAGAACAACAGCAGCAACAAGAACGCCAGAAACUGGAAUCCCAACCUGAAUCUCUAGCCGUCGCCGAGGAUCUGAGCGCAACGCGUCGCGACUUUGUCUCCCAGAGUGCGAUCGAUAUGCUGGCUCAGCUCUUUCCUCAGCGCAAGCGAUCCGUGCUGGAGCUGGUGCUCAAGCGCUGCGACCUGGACUUGAUACGUGCCAUCGAGAACGUCUCCGACGUCUCUGCCCAACCACCGCCGACGGAGCAAACGGCCGUGGAGCUGCUGCCACAGCUGCCGCCGCAGCCGUUGCAAUCCCUGCAGCUGGCGAUGCCACCGCGGAGCAGCGCCUUUCGCCCGGUCAUAGCAGAACAGUAUGCAUCGAAGGCCUCGUCGACGGCAGCCGCGGCCAUUUGUGCCUAUCCCAAGUGGUUCGUGCCGCUCUCCUUUCCCGUUACCAUGGGACAUCUGUCGAACCUGGCGCCGCGCUGCAACCUGCCCAACUGCAGCUGCUUGGACAGCUAUCAAUUCCACUAAC